CUACUUUUCAUUCGGUGCUACACAAACUAUCUACAUCUAUUUACAUCUCUGCAGCAUUCAAUGGCAAUAAUCCGUUUGUGCGACUACUACGAAGAUGUACAUUCACAUCAGUAGGAUCAGAUCACCUGUCUGUCUUCAGGAUAAUAUGACUGCAUGUAUAAUUUCACCAUCCACUCAACAAAUGAUUGGACUUGGGCUGAUAGGUUCAAUUUGUUUCUGAUUAUUCAUACUUGUGUUUCUACAGAUUUUGAUAUCAACAUUUAAACUGUGUACUGGACUAUAUUCCAGCAAUGAAUCAGUCCCAAAUAAAACGCAUGAAGUUCUAUCAAAUCCUCUGUUUUAUCUUGGUAAUACUGGUUUGUUGGAUCUACUGGGCUAUAGGCCGGGACGGGGAGCUCUCGAAGAGCAAAGUUCAAGCCGAGGAGGCUGGUGUAAUGAAAACAAAUCAACAUUAUCCCCCCAUGCAGAAGCUAAAGUCGUCGCACGAAGCAAGGACAGACUUGGCCAUGAGUUCUGCUAUCAAAAAACGUGAUUAUUCACGGUGUAUUUAUUUAGAGCCAUUACACAAACCUACUGCCAACACUUCCCAACACACGACAAUCCUUACUACAGUCACUCCAAAAAUGGACAAUAGUCCACCGCCUCCUGGCGGUGCCCCUCACAGGAAAGGAUACUAUCCCGAGGACCUCUUUACAUUGGAACAACGAAGGCACGGUUGGAUUCUUCUUCAUAUUUCUGGCAUUAUUUACAUGUUUUUUGCCUUAGCCAUAGUAUGUGAGGAAUUCUUUGUACCGGCUCUUGGAAUCAUUACGGAAAAGCUCCACAUCCCUGAAGAACUCGCAGGAGCCAACUUUCUAAUCUCAGGGGGUUUUGCUCCAGAGUUCUUCACCUUGCUAAUUGGGGUCUUUCUCCCCCACAGUAAUGUGGGUUUUGGUGCCAUCGUGGGGUCGGGAUUUUUCAACAUUCUCGUUGUUAUUGGCACAUGUGCUUUGUUCUCAGAGGAGAUACUCAGUCUGAACUGGUGGCCACUACUUAGGGAUGUCACCUUCUACACAUUUGACCUGCUAAUGCUCAUCGUGUUUUUCAUGGAUGAUAUCAUCACAUGGUGGGAAAGUGUACUACUGCUGCUGGGAUGUUUGGCUUUCAUGGUCGUCAUGAAGUAUGAUGAACUUCUGAAAGGAACUGUUCAAUUGUACCUUCAAAAACAUGACAACAUUGCUAAAGUUCUCAACACUGAUGAGCCUGAAGAGUUAAGGCCUGAUGUGUUCAGAGGAGGCGGAUCAGAUUCUCUGCGUAGCUGCACGUCACGAAACACCAUCUAUCAGCUUAUAAUUCACGCCACCAACCCCUUCAGAGGAGUAGGUUUGGACGAGAGGAAAGCAGCAGCAGUUAAAACCGUGCAGGUGUCAAACCCAGCAGAACCCUCCAAAAGCACAGAUGAAGAGCAACAGACCUCAGAUUCUGAGACGUCUGGGAGCUUUGAAAGCGAUGAUGAAGAUGAUGAUGAUGAUGAUGAUGAUGUCAGCAGCAGCAGUCAGGGAGAUGACAGUGAUGCCACUGAUGAUGAGGAUGAAGACAGUGAGAACAGUAAUGAGGAAGAUGAUAUAAAUCAGCCGCUGUCUCUUAAAUGGCCGGAACGGGAACAGAUUCAUGUUCCAUACAUUCUGUUGUUGCCCAUCACCAUCCCGCUGUGCUCUACUCUCCCUGACGUCCGCAAACAGGCCUCAAAAAAAUAUUUUGUGGGAACAUUUUGUGGUUCCAUCCUAUGGAUCGGGGUGUUCUCAUAUGUCAUGGUGUGGUUGGCUCAUCGGGUGAGUGAAACAGUUGAUGUAUCUGAGGAGGCGAUGGGUCUGACCAUCCUGUCAGCAGGCAUCUCUCUACCUAACGCCAUCACCAGUGUUAUAGUGGCACGGAGGGGUUUGGGUGGCACGGCCGUGUCCAGAUCUGUGGGCACCAAUGUGUUUGACAUUACUGUCGGGUUGUCAGUGCCGUGUCUGCUGUAUUCAAUGUUCACUGGUGGUCGUGCCGUGUCAGUCAGCAGUACUGGCCUCUUCUGUGUCACUGCAGUGCUCUUCCUCAUACUGCUGACUGGAGUUGCCUCCAUUGCUGCUUUCAAGUGGAAAAUUAACAAAACGUUUGGUCUUAUUAUGCUCAUGAUGUACCUCCUCUUCCUAUUUAUCAGUGUGCUUCUAGUGUAAAUCAGUUUUAUAUGAGCUCAUUAAAGGGAUAGUUCACCUAAAAAUGAAAAUUCUCUCAUCAUGCCAUCCCAGAUGUGUGACUUUCUUUCUUCUGCAGAACACAAAUUAAGAUUUUUAGAAGAAUAUUUCAGCUCUGUUGGUCCUUACAAUGCAAGUGAAUGGUGAUCAUACCUUUUGAAGCUCCAAAAGUCACACAUUGAAUUAAUCCACAGGACUCCAGUGGUUUAAUCCAUGUCUUCUGAAGCGAUAUGAGAGGUGUGGGUGAGAAACAGAUCAAUAUUUAAGUCCUUUUUACUCUAAAUCACCACCUUUGACCAGCCCGGCCAGUAGGUGGCGAUAUGCAUGAAGAAUGUGAAUCGCCAAAAAAAAAAAAAAAGAAGAAGAAUGUGAAAGUAAAAGUGGACAUUUAUAGUAAAAAGGACUGGGAUGGCAUGAGGGUGAGUAGACGAUGAGCGAGUUUUCAUAUUUGGAUGAACUAUCCCUUUAAUUUUUCUAUUUUCAAUCUACGCCUGAAAAGAAAAGCCGAAGGGGGGGGGGGACUACAGAAAUCUAUGCAGUUUCUGUUGUCUGAUUAACAAUAAAAGCCCAUGAAAACCAAUUUUUAACAACCGGUGUUUCCAGGAUACCCUUAAUCUUCAGUAACACUGACGUUUUCUGCAAAAACUUUCCAUCUACAUGUGUUUUGACGUCUAUAUUUUCCCUUUUUUUUUUAUCUUUGUAUGUUUUUAUU